AUGGCGACCAACUCCAACGCGCCUGAUAACCCCGAGCAGGCGAUCGCCGCGCCAAACUCUCAACCGACCCAGAACACAACCGUCGCCACAGUGGCGCCGACUAUCCCAGAGUCGCGAAUGCCCACCAAGAAGGAUACAUCGCUGCGCGAGUUCCUAUCCAAGAUGGACGACUAUGCGCCCAUUAUCCCAGAUGCCGUCACGCACUAUUACAUGACCAAGGCAGGCCUCCCUCCUCCCCCGCAGACCGACCCCCGCCUCGCCCGCCUCCUAGCCCUCGCGACGCAAAAGUUCAUCGCCGACGUCUCGGCCGACGCAUACCAGUACAGCCGGAUACGGGCCUCCAACACCAACGCGAAUAACCCCAUGGGUAACCUCGGAGCGGCAGCUGGGUUCCCGAUCCCCGGUCAGCAAGCGGGCGGCGCGCAACCUGGCAAAGACCAGUCGAGAGGUGGGCCGCUGUUGGGUAUCCAGCGGGCGGGGUACGGUGGUGGUGGGAGCGGUGGGAGCGCGAAUAAGACGAUUCUCUCUAUCGAGGACCUUGGUAUGGCCUUGUCUGAGUAUGGAGUGAACGUCAAAAGGAGCGAGUUCUACCGAUGA